GUUCCUUUCCCUCUCUGAAAAAACCUCCGAUUAUGGCCGGAUCUCUAGGUCUUACGCCGGAGUCCUUGAAGGCUUCUAGCCGGAUCUCCUAGAAGCUCAGCCUUCCUAUCCUUCAGAGCCAAAUCAAGCGUGAACCAGAGGGUUACGAAACGGAGGUCCAUUUGAUUUACAAACAGUUCAGAGCCUCCGUCGAUCUCUUUCAGCAACAGGCGGCUCUCACUUUCUCCUCCGUCGGCCCCGGCCCUUCCGUUGCUAAGGAACUCCGAGACCGAGCCAUGUUUCUCGCUCAUGUCACUCCGUUUUAUCCGAACCAGCUCGCCGCUUUUCCAGCUCAAUUGACUGAUUUACUCCGUACCUCAUGCCUGGCAAUGCCGUCGGGGCUUCGGUACCAAGUUGCGCAAUCUCUGAUUCUUCUUAUGAAUCGAAAGAGUCUUGUCAUCGAGGAUUUGUUAGCUCUGUUUCUAGAUAUUCAAACUCUUGGUGAUAAAAACUUGCGAAAGCUUGCUUUCUCUCAUAUUGUUCAAACCAUUCGUAAAAUGAGUAUCACUGAUCCAAGGCACAAAUCUCUUCACAAGAUUGUUUUCUCUAUGUUGGAGCAAGAAGAUGAAACCAAGGCUAAGAGAGCACUUGUUACCCUUUGUGAGCUUCACAAGAAAAAAGUCUGGUUUGGUGAUAAACAUGACAGAGUAGCAAUUGCCAUUUGUGAAGCCUGCUUUCAUACUUCACCUAGGAUCAGGAUAUCUUCCCUUCGGUUUCUUCUUGACUACGACAACAUUAACGAUGAGGAUGAUAGUGAUCUCAGGUUGUGUUUAACAGAGAGGCUGUUUACAAGCAAGAAGAAAAAGCAAGCAAAACUGCAACGCGCCAUGCGAAGUAUUAAACGAAAGCAGCGUGCGUCGUCUGAGAACACUACUUCAACUUAUUCACCUCUUAAUCAUCUAAAUGAUGCACAGAAUUUUGCAGAGAGGUUGCUUCCCCUUAUUAGGCCUAAGCCUGACGAGAGCACUGUGGAAACUAAUGACAAGAGCAGUGGGGAAACUGAUGACAAGAGCACUGGGGAAACUUAUGAACGGCGCGAGACCAGGUUGAUGAUUAUAAAAGUUAUUGCACGAACAAUUGGUCUUCACAAGUUGCUUUUAUUCAAAUUUUAUACUUAUCUUCAAGCGUAUGCUAAGGAUGGUGUAAAGGACAUUACACAAAUACUUGCAGCAGCAGUUCAGGCUUGCCAUGAUGGGGUACCUUCGGAUGCCGUGGAGCCACUGUUCAAGCAAAUAGUGAAUAAGUUUUUACACGAUCGCUCAAGUCCGGAGGCUAUUCCUGUCGCACUCAAUGUGGUACGAGAAAUGUUCCUUAGGAUUCCCGAGUUGAUGACAGAAGACUUGCUGCAUGAUCUUGCUCAGUAUAAAACGGAUAAAAAGUACCGUACCCAUAGAAAAGCCAUCUCAGCAGCAUCUGCUUCCCUCAUAGCAUUGUUCAGAGAGAUCAACCCUUUGCUACUAGUGAAAAAAGACCGUGGCCGUCCUGGAGGUCCCAUUGCCAGACCUAAAAAGUAUGGAGAAGUCAAUGUCUUCAGCAAUGUUCCCAAUGUUGAUUUAUUGCAAGAAAGUGAUGAUGAUGAAGUGGCGUUGCCUGGGAGUGAUGAUAUCGAACAGGAGCUGAUAACUGAGGACGAGGCUGAAGAAGAUUCUAAUGAUGGUGAUGAUAUGAAUAACACUGAAGAUGAUACUUUGGUUAGUGGAGAUGAAGAGGAAGAGAAGAAUGACAGUGAUGAAGCCGAGACUGAUUGGGAAAACGAAGAAGAUGAAGGAGAAGCUUCUGUGGAGGGUAGUGGAAACAGAGAGAAAGCAAAGGGGAAGAAAAGGAAGUUAGUAGAUUUUGAUGCGAGUCUCCUCGCUGCUGAUACAAGCCUACGAGCACUAAAGAGAUGCGCAGAGGCAGAGAGGGAACAGACAUCUUUUGCAGAAAGAGAUGGCAUACUUUCCAAUGAGGACUUCCGAAAAAUCAAAGAAGUUAAGGGAAAGAAGGAUGCGAAACUUGCAUUGGCUCGAAAAGGAUUGAAAGUUCCGGAUUCUGAUAAGCUAAGUAAGAAGCUGGUCAAUCCAGCCAAACUUGAAGCUCACAUAAGGCAGAAACUAAUAAAAGAAGAAAGGCUGGAGUUAGUUAAAGCGGGUAGGGAGGACCGAGGGAAAUACAAAUCCAAGACUGCCAUCAAGCAGAAGAAGACCGGAGGAUCGAGCAAUAGACAGAAGGAACACAAGAAGAAUAUGCCUCUCGCUGCAGUAAGAUCAAAGGCUGGGAAAGCAAAGCGAGUCAAGAAAAUGAAGAAUAGCCACAGCGGAAGCCAGUUCAGAGGAAGGAAAGCUUGGAAGUGAAAUUGAGAGCAAAACUUCUUUUUUAUUUAUUUGUUUUCUUGCAUAAUGUACCGUGAAAUUUGAUCGAGAACAUCAUCAGCCUUUGAUAUUCUUAAACGUCAAAGAAACUGGUAUAUUACGUUAAAUUGUUGAAGUUAUGUUCCCUUGUUUCUUUCUACUUCUUUAAUUGAAUAUUGAUCAACAUCAACA